GAAUCCUUCAGUCAGUCGUGCCGUUCACACCCGGUCGAGUUGCACGCGCGUUGACGUCGAUCSACGCCGCUACCGUUGUCGUCGUCGUGUUCGUAUUUUUGCCGUCGUUUAUAAUAUCAUAAUAAUAAUAUAUUAAUUUGAAACGUGUAAAUGCAAGAGAAUUUCAACUGUUGAUAUCGCGAGUUUUUCGUCCGUCGGAUGGGUGUGCGGUCAUUUUUUUCGAAUUCGAUAAAUUUCUUUUUACACUUAUUCUCGAUUUAAGUUCCGAAAACGCAGUAUAACAGCAAAGCAUAAAAGUGYGACCAUUAAUAUUGUAGUCUAAUAGUUAUAUACAUAGGUACGUUAUCUUCGCCGUGUCGCGGGCAGUCGCGCGAGAGUGUCUGCAACAGUUUCCGAUCGUGUUUUCGCGCUCCGCCGUCCAUAACAUAGGUACAAUAUUAUAUUAUAAAUAAGUAAAUAGCAGAGGUUUAUACCUUCGAGUCCGUUCGUCGAGCCGCCCACACCUCCGAGCCCGACAUGCGGAGGUUUUUGUUGGCGGUAAUCGUGUUGUCGGUGCACCGUCGGUGGGACGGAUGCGCCUACCCGACGUCUGCGGAGUCUGCUGCAAACGGGGAAUGCCGCGUGGCCGUACAACGGUUCCGGUCAGUCGGCCUGUACGACACGCCGACGUCGCGGAUUGACCAAGGAGACAAUCUGAAAGUGUGUCAGUCGAGGAAGAGCUGUUGCAACGCCGCCACCGAGGCUCGGUUGAUAGACAUGGUGGACAGCGAAUACAAGAGACACCUGGCCACGCAGGCGGGCUACGUUUAUGACCUGCUCAAUUCUACCGCCCAUCACUUGCAAGAUCACAUGACGCACAUGAUCCGGAAGUCCAAGAGCAAAACGGUUCGAGUACUGGCGGACGUGUACUCGAGCAUCGAAGGACCGGCCGCCGGUCCGUUGGACGCGUUCUACGGGCGGCUGUCGCGGUACGUGCACGAAGACCCGGAAACGACUCCGGCGACGAGCCUGGAAGACGCUGCAUCCCGGCUGUUCGCCGACCUGUUUCCGGUCGUCUACCGAACGGUGGCUGCGGCGGCCGACAGACCGGAUGGCGGCGAGACCGAGUUCGACGAGGAUUACGUCCAGUGUCUAACCGKUAAAGCCUUCGAUGUUAAACCGUUCGGCGACGUGCCGUACACGCUGGCCAAGGACAUUUCCAGGACAUUCUCCGCCACCAAUGUACUCGUACACGCGCUCAGAUACGGUGGCCAAUUAGUGGACGAAGAACACUCCCGGUCGUGGCUGGGCUACGGAAAUACGGAACAGUGUUCGGCGGCGCUGACUCGGAUGAGACAGUGCUCGUGGUGCGACGGCAAGGACGCGAAACCGUGUCACGGGCUGUGCGUGAACGUUAUCCGCGGCUGUCUGGCCAGGGAGACGGCGCACCUGGACGCGCCGUGGACCGGAUACUACGAGGCCGUGGACCGUCUGGUGUCGGCCAUCAACAACGGCCAGUCGUCGGUGUGUCUGGAGGACCUGCUCAGAUCCCUGCACUCGAGGAUAUCCGAAGCCAUCAUGUACGCGAUGAACCACGCUUCAGACAUACAAAACAACGUGAAAUACUUCUGUGGUCCUGCAAAGUGGAACAAUCGUGCCCCGGCUACAGCUUCGUCGUCAGGUGCAGCCAUGGUGCCAGAGAGCCAGGAAGUGUGGAACGUUGAGGAAGAGGACCUUAGCACAGCGCUGCUCACAUCCAAGUUGACCAAGUUUUCCGACCCGGAAACUGCUGUUAGGGUGCGGGGACUGUUCUCAGACAUGGCGCGGUCCAUGUGCGCAAACUACACGACGACGGACUGCUGGAACGGCCGAGCGACGGUGUUGAAUCAAUUGAGUUCGAGUCCACAGUCAGACUCGCUCAUGGCCGACGAGGCUGAAGGGUCUGGCGAAGGCAGUGGCGCUGGCAGGGGAAGUAACUCCGGCUGGGACGACGACGACGACAACGCAGACUACUCAUCAUCGGGUGACGGUUCCGGUGAAAAUCCGAUCACAACUCAGUCGCCUAACUCCGACGAUUCACAAUUCAAAACRACUGAAAAAUCGGGACCGGACGUAGUGAUAAACGGCAACGAACCGUCGGGCGCCACCCCGUCUACACGACUGCACGCACCCCUAUUGAUAACGGUGUKCUUGAUGGUCAUCCCCGGAUUGCAGCAUCAGCUGACGAGGAUAUAUUUUUAAAUGUACUUUUUAUUUUUUUGUUUUCGUCACGUUAAGUUAUUAUAUUGUUGUUAAGUGAAACUUUGUUCUUGGAUUUACUCGGCUUUUCUUUAGGGUACCUUUUCAAAAAUAUAUAUAUAUAUAUAUUUAUAUGUAUGUACAAUUUAUAACACUUCUGGACACAAUUAAUC